AUGGGACUUUCCUGCCUUCACCUGCAGAUUAAAACGGAAGACCUGGGCGAUGUCCUCCAGUCUCCCUUGCCCCACCGCUCCUGCCACCUGAACCAGGCCCCUGCCAUGAUGCCGGGGAACCAACUGCCCGGGGACAUGACUUCCCUCCACCCACUUCAACAGCUGGUCCUGGUGCCCGGCCACCUACAGUCUGUCUCCCAGUUCCUGCUGUCCCAGUCACAGUCUGGCCAACCAGGUCUCCAGCCCAAUCUCCUCUCCUUUCCUCAGCAGCCAAGCAGCCUCCUCCUUCCGCAGACUGGGCCUGGCCUGGGAUCCCAGGCCGUGGGACGCCCCGGGCUGCCAGGCUCAUCUUUAGACCCCCACCUGGAAGUCUCGCAGCACCUGCAGGGCCCCAAACACAUGCCCAGCUCCGUAGGGGCAGAUGAGCCCAGCGACCUGGAGGAGCUGGAGAAGUUCGCCAAGACGUUCAAACAGAGGCGGAUCAAGCUGGGUUUCACUCAGGGGGACGUGGGGCUGGCCAUGGGCAAGCUGUACGGCAACGACUUCAGCCAAACCACCAUCUCGCGCUUUGAAGCCCUCAACCUGAGCUUCAAGAACAUGUGCAAGCUGAAGCCCUUGCUGGAAAAGUGGCUGAGCGAUGCAGAAUCCUCUCCUUCGGACUCAGCCGUGAACACCCCCAACGCUUACCCCUCCCUGAGCGAGGUGUUCGGACGGAAGAGAAAGAAGCGGACCAGCAUUGAGACCAACAUCCGAUUGACCUUGGAGAAGAGAUUUCAAGAGAACCCCAAGCCGAGCUCUGAGGAGAUCACCAUGAUCGCAGAGCAGCUGUCCAUGGAGAAGGAGGUGGUGCGCGUUUGGUUCUGCAACCGGCGGCAGAAGGAGAAGAGGAUCAACUGCCCCCUCGCCCCGCCUAUGAAAUCGCCUGUCUACAGCUCGCGGCUGGUCUCUACCUCAGGGUCCCUGGGCCCCCUGUCGGCCUUGCCUGUCCACAGCACAGUGCCCGGAGCAGUCACAUCAUCCUGUUCCCCGGGGAACGACAGCAGACCCUCGUCUCCCUGCUCUGGACUCCAUGCCAGUAAUCCCAGUGCGUCCCAGAAUAACUCCAAAGUAGCAGUCAGUUCCUCCAGUUUUAACUCCUCUGGAUCCUGGUACAGAUGGAAUCACCCCACCUACCUCCAUUAAGGCCUAAAGGAAUCUGCAGUCCCGCCUCUCGGCCCCCACCCUGUCGAAACACCUACGGGAGGCUUUGCCUCUUGGUUACGGGGCCUCCUUCUCCCGGAUGUCCUGAGGAGCCGUCACCAGAAUCACCCAGGUCUUGCCUUCAGAGACUCAAAAGAAGAUGGACGAAGGCCUGACUCAAUGAGCUUGAAAAGUCCAACCCCUCCUGUGAAAUCACCAGCCGAAGGAAGCUUCCAUCCCUCAACCCCGACCCUCCGGCUCCUAACGCCUCCUACCCGGCCCUCGUUUCCCCCUCCCUGUGCCACGUCCUUUGAAGGUUUUUCCGGAGAAGGGUCUUGCCCCGACCGCCUUGUGGUGGUGCUGAUUUGAACUUUGAACUGAGCCGAGGUCACCAGAUUCAUUUCAGCAAAGACUUGUGUCUCGAUUUGAAACUGGUGCACUCCCCCUCCCCAAUCCAGCUGAUGUCCAGUCCCCUGGGCGUACCCCACCCGACGCAGUUUGGGGUUUGAAUCACUCUUCUCCCUUCUUCUAAGCCCCACUCCUUGGGAAAGCUUGGUCUGCCUCGAUCAGAACCUCCCUGUCCCUUUCUCUCCAACCCACAGACACUGAGCAAGCUUCGAUGUCACCCUUUCCCCCGUGGCCUCGGAAAAGGUUUUCCUUCGAUUUCCGUCA